GUUAUUUAAGGGGCUGGAGAAGGUCACGGGCCUUCCCAGUUCACCCAGUUACCAGAAACCAGUCGCCACCAUGGGGAAGGCGGAGACAUACGACAUGUUCGAGGUGGAGGCGCGGCGCGGCGCAGACGGGGAGCUGGGCGUCAGCGUCAAGAAGGGGCGCGGGGCCAAGAAAAAGGAGAAGCUGGAGAGCAUGAAGAAGGAGAUGGAUGUGGACGACCACACUCUGAGCGUCGAGGACCUGGAGAUCAAGUACAGCACCAGCGUCCGGAAGGGGCUGAGCGGGGGGCUGGCGGCCGAGCUGCUGGUUCGGGACGGCCCCAACGAGCUGAAGCCGCCGCGGGGGACCCCCGAGUACGUCAAGUUCGCGCGGCAGCUGGCGGGGGGGCUGCAGUGCCUGAUGUGGGUGGCGGCCGCCAUCUGCCUCAUCGCCUUCGGCAUCCAGUGCAGCCAGGGCGACCUCACCAGCGCCGACAACCUGUACCUGGCCAUCGCGCUCAUCGCGGUCGUAGUUGUCACUGGCUGCUUUGGCUACUACCAGGAGUUUAAGAGCACCAACAUCAUCGCCAGCUUCAAGAACCUCGUGCCCCAGCAAGCCACGGUGAUCCGGGAUGGGGAGAAGUUCCAGCUCAACGCAAACCAGCUUGUGGUCGGGGAUCUGGUGGAGAUCAAGGGAGGGGACCGGGUCCCAGCCGACGUGCGCAUCACCAGUGCCCAGGGCUGCAAGGUGGAUAACUCAUCCCUGACAGGAGAAUCGGAGCCGCAGACACGCUCCCCGGAGUGCACCCACGAGAGCCCCCUGGAGACGCGAAACAUUGCCUUCUUCUCCACCAUGUGCCUGGAAGGUACGGCCACAGGCAUCGUCAUCAACACGGGCGACCGCACCAUUAUCGGGCGCAUUGCCUCACUGGCCUCAGGUGUGGAGAAUGAGAAGACGCCCAUCGCCAUUGAGAUCGAGCAUUUUGUCGACAUCAUCGCCGGCCUGGCCAUCUUCUUCGGUGCCACUUUCUUUGUUGUCGCCAUGGUGAUCGGCUACCCCUUCCUCCGGGCCAUGGUCUUCUUCAUGGCCAUUGUCGUGGCCUACGUGCCUGAGGGGCUGCUGGCCACUGUCACUGUGUGCCUGUCACUGACGGCCAAGCGCCUGGCACGGAAAAACUGUGUGGUGAAGAACCUGGAGGCAGUGGAGACACUAGGCUCCACCUCCGUCAUCUGCUCGGACAAGACUGGGACCCUCACGCAGAACCGCAUGACCGUGGCCCACCUCUGGUUCGACAAUCAGAUCCACACGGCCGACACCACUGAGGACCAGUCAGGCCAGAGUUUCGACCAGUCCUCAGAGACCUGGCGGGCCCUGAGCAAGAUUAUCAGCCUCUGCAACCGCGCCCUCUUCAAGGGGGGCCAAGAUGCUGUCCCGGUGCCCAAGCGCAUCGUGAUCGGGGACGCGUCAGAGACGGCACUGCUCAAGUUCGCGGAGCUGACGGUGGGGAACGUGCAGGAUUAUCGCGAGCGCUUCCCCAAGACCUGCGAGAUCCCCUUCAACUCCACCAACAAGUUCCAGCUGUCGGUGCAUGCGCUGGAGGUGGACCCGGGGGCAGGCGCAGGGUCGCGGCACGUGCUGGUGAUGAAGGGCGCCCCCGAGCGCAUCCUCGAGCGCUGCGCCUCCAUCCUCAUCAAGGGCCAGGAGCUGCCGCUGGACGCGCAGUGGCAGGAGGCCUUUCACACGGCCUACGUGCAGCUGGGCGGGCUGGGCGAGCGCGUGCUCGGUUUCUGUCACCUGUACCUGGAUGAGCGGCAGUUCCCGCCCGGCUUCGCCUUCGACGCCGAGGAGCCAAACUUCCCCACCAGCGGCCUCUGCUUCGCCGGCCUCGUCUCCAUGAUCGACCCGCCCCGUGCCACCGUCCCUGACGCUGUUGCCAAGUGCCGCACAGCUGGCAUCCGGGUGAUCAUGGUGACGGGUGACCACCCCAUCACAGCCAAGGCCAUCGCCAGGGGCGUGGGCAUCAUCUCCGAGGGCAGUGAGACGGUGGAGGACAUCGCUGCCCGCCUCCGCAUGCCCAUUGAUCAGGUGGAUAAGCGGGCUGCACGGGCCUGCGUGGUGAACGGAGGGCAGCUGAAGGACAUGGAGGGCGAGGAGCUGGUGGAGACCCUCAAGAUGCACCCGGAGAUGGUCUUUGCCCGCACGUCCCCCCAGCAGAAGCUUAUCAUCGUUGAGAGCUGCCAGAAGCUGGGGGCGAUCGUGGCGGUGACCGGGGAUGGCGUGAACGACUCGCCAGCGCUGAAGAAAGCUGACAUCGGCGUAGCCAUGGGCAUCGCGGGCUCUGACGCCGCCAAGAACGCGGCCGACAUGAUCCUGCUGGACGACAACUUUGCCUCCAUCGUUACUGGUGUUGAACAAGGCCGACUGAUCUUUGACAAUCUGAAGAAGUCAAUCGCCUACACCCUGACCAAGAACAUCCCCGAGCUGGCGCCGUACCUCAUCUACAUCACGGCCUCCGUUCCUCUGCCCCUGGGCUGCAUCACCAUCCUCUUCAUCGAGCUGUGCACUGACAUCUUCCCAUCAGUGUCACUGGCCUACGAGGCAGCUGAGAGCGACAUCAUGCACCUGAAGCCGCGCAACCCACGCCGAGACCGGCUGGUCAAUGAGCCACUGGCUGCCUAUUCCUACUUCCAGAUCGGUGUCAUCCAGUCCUUUGCCGGCUUCGCCGACUACUUCACGGCCAUGGCACAGGAAGGCUGGUGGCCCCUGCUGUGCCUCGGCCUGCGCCCGCACUGGGAGAACCACCACCUCCAGGACCUGCAGGACAGCUACGGGCAGGAGUGGACCUUCGGGCAGCGGCUGUACCAGCAGUACGUGUGCUACACCUGCUUCUUCAUCAGUAUUGAGAUGUGCCAGAUUGCAGACGUGCUCAUCCGCAAGACGCGGCGACUCUCUGUCUUCCAGCAGGGCUUUUUCCGGAACCGGGUCCUUGUCAUCGCCAUUGUCUUCCAAGUGUGCCUGGGGAACUUCCUCUGCUACUGCCCCGGGAUGCCAAACAUCUUCAACUUCAUGCCCAUCCGCUUUCAGUGGUGGUUGGUGCCAAUGCCCUAUGGCCUCCUCAUCUUUGUCUAUGACGAGAUCCGCAAGCUGGGCGUCCGCCGGCACCCAGGAAGCUGGUGGGACAAGGAGCUAUACUACUGACCGGGAAGCUGCUGGCAGGAAGCCUGGAUGUCUGGGUUCUUCUCUCCAGCUCCAGGACUGGAAGGGGGAGCUGGGAGCCCAGACUCCUUGGUUCUCUCCCUGCCUGGAACAGGGGACUUUGGGGGUGGGUUGCAAGGGGGGGGGGGUUAUGUGCCUCUGACCCCCCCACCCCCUUGGGGCAUGUACAGAGGGCAAAUAAAUUGUGGGGCUCAUUCA